GGGUUAGGCCGCGGCAUGAGUGCAAUCUCGAAGAGGCGUGUCGAUUCGGUGCGGCAUGACUCAAGUCUGGAAGGGCAUGGCGGUUACACGCGAACAGGUGCCUUGGGGCGAACCGGUGGCAAGGCAGUUGAGGGCUUCGGGCGGACAAGUGCUUGGGCAGACCGGAAGGCCGCGGCAUUGGGCGGUUGGUAACUGCCACACGCGAAGAGACGCGUCCCUUCAGGCUAGGCAGUUGGCUUGUAACUGCCAGACGUGGCUCGUCUAUAAAUAUGCCGCGGCAUAACUGCGAGUUUUGUAGUCUUAGCGAGAGACAGCAGUGUGGCCGAGUGUUUGCAAGUGUGUUAGACAUUGUGAGCGUGUUGUAUUAGUCCUAGUGUAUUAAUUGUGAAUUAAUAAAAGGUUGGUCGUUGACCGUAAAGUUGUGUGCCUUUAUUCUAAGUGUGUGUUAAAGUGUUGCGUUCCUAUUCCAAUUAAGGGUUGCGCCGCGGCAUUGGGUGGAAGGCUGACUGUCUUAAGGCGUUAAGGCAGGCCGUACAGGGUGAAAAUUCGAGACGUGAAUUUUACCGUGUAACAAUUGGUAUCAGAGCUGAUGGCUGAAGAUCGUGAUUCGUCUGCCGGUGACCAAGGGGUGGAGACUGCGGAGGUGCUGGUUCGUGGGCUGAUUGAGGAAGCGCUUAGGCCGGUGUGGGCGCGGCUUAGGGCACUUGAGGCCUCAAGGGCAGACCUGGUAAACGAACUGGAGGCACGCUCUGCCGAGAACGAAGCCACAAAGUCAGAACUUGUGAUUUUGAAGAGGGCUCUUGCAGCGGGAUUGGUUCCAAGCGCUGAAGUAGGCUCUUCAAAGAUCAAAGUGCCGGAGCCGAAGACCUUUGGUGGUGACCGCAAUGCCAAGGAGUUGGAGAACUUUCUGUGGGAUAUGGAAGAAUACUUUAAAGCCGCAAAGGUGCCGGACGAAGAGAAGGUGAGGAUUGCACCCAUGUACUUGUCUGGUGAUGCAAAGCUUUGGUGGCGGAGUAGAGUAAGGGACGACGCUAAUACGGGAAGACACGGGCUGGAGUCAUGGGAUGGACUCAAGAAGGAGUUGAAGGCUCAAUUCCUUCCCCACAAUGUCUCCUGGAUGGGCAGGGAAGCCCUGAAGAACUUGAAACACACCACAUCGGUGAGGGAUUAUGUCAAGGCAUUCUCUUCGCUCAUGUUGGACAUUGAGAACAUGACGGAGGAGGACAGGCUGUUCAAUUUCGUGUCUGGACUGCAGCCGUGGGCCCAGACAGAAUUGAGAAGGCAGGCUGUGAAGGAUUUGCCGAGUGCCAUGGCAGCGGCCGAAGGACUCAUGGAUUACUCAUUGUCCGAUGGUUCUAAGGGGAACAAGGGCAAGGGAGAAUCAGGCAUUUCCGGUUCAAGGGGGACGUUGAAGUGUGACGACAUCAGUGCGGCAACGGAAGCGAGUGUGACGAAACCAAAGUCCAAAGCUUGCUGGGGGUGUGGCGGUCAGCACUUGCAGCGGAAUUGUCCCGAGAACCAAAAGUUGGCUGCCUUGAAGCAAGUGGAGUCCGAGGAGGAUUCUGCGUUGGUGACAGUGAAUCCCUUGCGUUUGGUCUGAUGGCACCGUGAAAGUCAUCAGGGGCACUGUGCGUGUGGACAGUGCGAGUGCCAAGAGGGGCGUGGACUUGGCAUAGGUUGCAGGCGUGGGACGUCGGGCAACUGCAGCGGCAUUGCUUGGGUAUGGCAGUGCAAAGAACCGAAGGUCGUGGGGACGCUAAGGUUCAGUGGCAUGCUUUUCAGAAGAUGUCACAAUGAUGGGUCAAGCGUACACAGGGGCUGUGCGGGUUGGACAUCAUAUUUUGGAGAAGCACACAAGGGAGUGGGGCGUUCACCAAAAUUGUUGGCCGUGGGUCAACAUGUUGCUAGUUGGAUGGGAGGAUCCUUUGGCAGCGGAGCGGAAAGCUCGACAUUUGGACUUGAGAUCGUGGGCCAGAUCUAAGUUCAAGGCACUUGGAGCGUGGGAAGACGUCAGUGCAUGUGGCUGAUCAGUGGCACGUUUGGGACGGGGCAGACUGAUGCAGCGUGGUCCGGCGUCACACAGGGGUGUGAAGCGUUGUGUUGGCAUGGGUAUUGCCAAUGCGGAGCGGAAGGCUCAAAGCACAAGGGAUGUGCGCAAGGCUGACAACGGUGCAAGUGGCUUGUAGGCGUUGGGCAGCAAAGCUCAAGUGAUCAUGCAGGGGAGUGUGAUGCACGGCGGGGCUUAGCAGCGUGGAGUUGCGAACCUAGCAGUUGGGGUUGUCAAUUGCAAUUGAAUUAGUUGCCUAUGGCAGGAACUAAUUGGAAACCUCGGACGCUGAAGAUGUGUCGACGAGGGCGUCGACUUCAUCUGGUGGGGGAGGUUUGUUAGACCCCUUUUUGGCGGGUCUUUAUCGAGACAUGGUUUGGGCUCGAUAGGGUGGCUUUUCGGGGCAUGGGAUGCGGCCAAAGUCAUCAUGGCAAUGGCCAAGGCAUAGUUAUGCCGCGGCAUUGCAACAUUGCGAAGAACGGGCAAGGUGGAAGUUUGGCUAAGGCAUGGGGACUUAGUCAAGACAAGGCAAGCUAGACCAAGUAUGAGGGCAGAACGGUUGGCGUUGCGAGAAACCAUGUUCGGUUCAUGGGCGGCAUGACAUGGUCAAGGGAGACUAUGGGUGUGCGGGUCCGGCAUGUGAUCCAAGUGUUGGUGAAGAUCAGUGGCAUGCGGGGCAUGGCUUACGGGAUGCGGAACAACAGCUUGGAGGCACAACAAAAGCAAGUGGCUCGAGGUGGCACGUGGGCGACUCAAGGGUAGUGCGUGGUGCGUGGCCAGGCUUGAGCCCGGGGCGUGGCUGUCCUUGGGCAGUCACGACAUUUGGGAGCUUCGGUGGCAACAAGGGUUGGUUGGCCGGUUGACAAGUGGGACUUGGGCAAGCUGGGCGCAAGGCAACGAGAGUUGGUCACAAGCUCAAGGCAAAGAGUUGGCUCGUGGGUGGCCUGGGUUAGGCCGCGGCAUGAGUGCAAUCUCGAAGAGGCGUGUCGAUUCGGUGCGGCAUGACUCAAGUCUGGAAGGGCAUGGCGGUUACACGCGAACAGGUGCCUUGGGGCGAACCGGUGGCAAGGCAGUUGAGGGCUUCGGGCGGACAAGUGCUUGGGCAGACCGGAAGGCCGCGGCAUUGGGCGGUUGGUAACUGCCACACGCGAAGAGACGCGUCCCUUCAGGCUAGGCAGUUGGCUUGUAACUGCCAGACGUGGCUCGUCUAUAAAUAUGCCGCGGCAUAACUGCGAGUUUUGUAGUCUUAGCGAGAGACAGCAGUGUGGCCGAGUGUUUGCAAGUGUGUUAGACAUUGUGAGCGUGUUGUAUUAGUCCUAGUGUAUUAAUUGUGAAUUAAUAAAAGGUUGGUCGUUGACCGUAAAGUUGUGUGCCUUUAUUCUAAGUGUGUGUUAAAGUGUUGCGUUCCUAUUCCAAUUAAGGGUUGCGCCGCGGCAUUGGGUGGAAGGCUGACUGUCUUAAGGCGUUAAGGCAGGCCGUACAGGGUGAAAAUUCGAGACGUGAAUUUUACCGUGUAACACCUACCAUGGUGGUGACGGGUGACGGAGAAUUAGGGUUCGAUUCCGGAGAGGGAGCCUGAGAAACGGCUACCACAUCCAAGGAAGGCA